UUGACAACGUGCUUUGGCGGCCUCGCAUAUUUUUAGGUUAUAUGCUGCCACAGCUUCUAUUGAAAGACACUUCAGCAGGCUUUUUUAAUACAGAAUUAAUCAGCGACCGCAUAUGUCUCAUCCCGAGUAACUGUCCCAGUUAGGAUGGCGAAUACAUUGUUGAGCUUAGCAGAAAAAACAUUUAUACUACACGGAGUGGAUGAUAACUACCGAACUGAUGGCAGAAACAGAUCUGAAUAUCGCCCAAUGGAAGUGGAGACAAAAGUCUUACCUCAUACCAGUGGUUCAGCUCGUUUACGCUUAGCAAAUACUGAUAUUCUAGUCGGUGUUAAAGCCGAGGUUGACACACCCUAUCCCGACAACCCUAAUGAAGGAAAAUUGGAAUUCUUUGUUGACUGUUCUGCCAAUGCUACACCGGCAUUCGAAGGCAAAGGUGGUGACAAUUUAGGUACGGAAAUAAGCAAUACUCUAACGUUAGCUUACCAGUCAUCUCAUGUUCUUGAUUUGACAACAUUGUGCAUUUUACCUCAGCAAAAGUGCUGGAAAUUAUAUGUUGAUGUUUUAAUUCUUCAAUGUGAUGGCAAUUUAUUUGAUGCUGUAGCAUUAGCGGUUAAGGCUGCAUUGUACAGUGCACAAAUACCCAAAGUUACAACUGCAACACUCGACGGCGGUAAAGCUGACAUUCAAUUAUCAGACGAUCCAUUCGAUUGUGUCAAGCUGGAUGUUAUUAGUUUUCCUGUUCUGGUUACCCUAUGCAAAAUAGGAGAAAAUUGUGUAGUUGAUCCAACUUCUGAGGAGGAAGAGUGCAGUGCAGCAAGUAUAGUUGUCGCUGUAAUGCCUAAUGGUCGUAUAACAUCUGUAGUAAAGACGGGGUAUGGCAGUCUUCAACCCUCGACGUUGAUUAAAACAUUAGAGCUCGCGAAAGACAUUGGAAUUAGGUUGAAUGCAGGAAUUAUGAAUGCAUUGAAGGAGGAAGACGAUUUGGGUUCACGGAGAGAAAUUUUUGGAUUUCUUAAAUAAAAUAACAUUCUCGAGAAUUUUUUGAUAUUUUUUAUGAACAUAAAUUAUAUUUUAAAUCAGUAAACAAGAAAAUAAAAA